AGGGCGAUGAACGAUUUUGCCAUUUACAACCUGAGAUGGCAGAAGAAUUUGUCGGCGUUUUCUUGUGGCGGCUAGGGUUUCUGCACGCGUUCUCUCUGCCCCUCUUUCUCCAUUGAAACCCUGACCUAUCGUCUGAUCGUGCCUACCCAAACCAGGGACUAUGGGAAUUGAAGCGUGGAUGUGGGCGUUGGUAUAGUUCCAACCUCAUAGUAUCUCUCGAUCUACUCCGAGCCUUGCGCUUGAGGUUUCUAUUUGGGAGGAGAUGGCCACCGCCAACCCCUUCGAUCUCCUUGGAUACGACGACAGCGAGGAUCUGUCGCAGCUUCUCGCUGCGCAGAAACAGAAGAGUGCUUCCAAAAAGCCUGAUGCGCCGGCAGUGACUGUCGCCGUUACUAAGCCGCCGGCGAAGUUGCCGAGUAAGCCACUCCCUCCCACCCAAGCCGUGAGAGAAGCAAGGGACGCGAGGAACAACUCUGGGGCUGCACGAGGAGGUGCUGGCCGUGGGCCUGGACGUGGUAGGGGCAGACGAGGAGAUGGGAUUAAUUACAAUCGUGAGAAUGCAAAUGACAAUGCUCGUGGUGCUUCUCACGGGUAUGGAGGUGUCGGUGGCCCUGUAGGCAUGGAAGAUGGUGGGAGGGAACGCCAGCCACGCCAGCCAUACAUUGGUGGACACCAAGGUGGCUAUGGAGGCCGUGGUGGUUACGGCAAUUGGGAGGCUGGAGGAGACUCUGAACGGCCUCCACGGAGAAUGUAUGAACGGAGGAGUGGUACUGGCCAUGGCAAUGAGAUGAAACGUGAGGGAUCUGGCCGCGGAAACUGGGGAACAGCAACUGAUGAGACUACAGCACAAUUUGAAAAAGAGGAAAUUGUUAAUGCUGAUGAAAAGAUUAUUGUUACUGAGAAGCAGGAGAUGGAUCAAGUUCCAUCAUCUGAGUUGAAAAAGGAUGUCACAGUCAAUGAGGAAGAAAAGGAAGAGGAUAAGGAGAUGACUUUGGAGGAGUAUGAGAAAGUGAGAGAGGAGAAAAGAAAAGCUUUACUUGCAAUGAAAAGUGAAGAAAGAAAAGUUGAAUUCGAUGACGAUUUGCAGUCCAUGAAGCAACUUUCAGUGAAAAAAGACAACAAUGACGUUUUCAUUAAAUUGGGUACUGGUAAGGACACAGGAAAGAAGAAAGAAAAUGUCGAGAGGGAUGAAAAGAGCAAAAAGCCAAUGAGUAUCACUGAGUUCUUUAAGCCAAUUGAUGGAGAGAGAUAUUAUACUCCAAGAGGCCGUGGGCGUGGUAGAGGCAGAAGUGGCAGAGGAGAGCAAUUCGGAGGUGGAUAUGAUCAUGGAGCAUCAAGCUUCACAAUUGCUGCUCCCUCCAUUGAGGAUCCUGGGCAAUUCCCCACCCUCGGUGGGAAGUGAGAGCAGCGUGCAAUUUCCGUUUCCUCAUCUUGAUUUCUGCUAUUCUGAUCUCAGUCUUAAGUUCAUGGAUUGCGUGAGGAUUCAAUUAAAAAUAAGUUAUUUGUUUUACGUUGCAUUGUCACUGCAUGCUGAUCAGUCAGAGUUAAUUGAUAAGGUGUUCAGGGUUUACAUUAACUUUUGUUGUCUUUUGGUUGUCAUGUUGCGAAUUCAUUCUCAAGUAGUUUUCUCUUAAAUCUUAA